ACAGACGGCGAGAGAGAGAGAGAGAGAGAGAGAGGGAGAGUCACGCUGCUCCAGGACAAGAGGAAGGUUUGGCUCUUUGCAUGGUAGCUUCAGUGAUCAUCAGUGAGGAUGAGGAGCCGCAGUAACUCAGGGGUGAGGCUGGAUGGAUAUGCCAGACUGGUCCAAGAGACAAUCCUGUGCCACCAGAACCCAGUGACAGGACUCCUGCCUGCCAGUGCCCAGAAGAAGGACGCCUGGGUGAGGGACAAUGUGUACAGUGUCCUGGCUGUGUGGGGGCUGGGCAUGGCCUAUCGCAAGAAUGCAGACCGCGACGAAGACAAGGCCAAAGCCUAUGAACUGGAGCAGAGUGUGGUGAAGCUGAUGCAGGGGCUUCUGCAGUGCAUGAUGAGACAGGUGGCCAAGGUGGAGAAGUUCAAACACACUCAGAGCACAGGGGAUUGCUUACACGCUAAAUAUGAUACUCCCACCUGCGCCACUGUGGUCGGGGACGACCAGUGGGGACAUCUACAGGUGGAUGCCACAUCCAUUUACCUGCUGAUGCUGGCAGAGAUGACAGCCUCGGGUCUCCGUAUCAUCUCGAACCUGGAUGAGGUCGCCUUUAUCCAGAACAUGGUCUUCUACAUAGAAGCUGCCUACAAAGUGGCGGAUUAUGGGAUGUGGGAGCGAGGUGACAAAACCAACCAGGGAAUCCCUGAGCUCAACGCCAGCUCUGUAGGAAUGGCGAAGGCAGCUCUGGAGGCCAUAGAUGAGCUGGAUCUUUUUGGUGUCCAUGGAGGACCAAAGUCAGUCAUCCACGUUUUACCUGAUGACGUAGAACAUUGUCAGUCCAUCCUGUGCUCCAUGCUGCCACGAGCUUCUACUUCAAAGGAAAUAGACGCCGGCCUUCUGUCCGUCAUUUCCUACCCCGCCUUUGCUGUCGAGGAUGCUGACCUGGUCGCCAUCACGAAGUCUGAAAUCAUAAACAAGCUGCAGGGUCGCUAUGGCUGCUGCCGCUUCAUCAGGGAUGGAUAUCGCUGUCCUAAAGAGGAUCCAUCUCGGCUGCACUACGAUCCCGCAGAGCUCAAACUGUUUGAGAAUAUUGAAUGUGAAUGGCCAGUUUUCUGGACCUACCUCAUCCUGGACGGUAUCUUUUCUGAAGACCUUGUGCAGGUGCAGGAGUACCGAGAGGCCCUGGAGGGCAUUUUGAUCAGAGGGAAGAACGGCAUUAAACUGGUGCCGGAACUUUAUUCUGUACCACGUGACAAGGUGGACGAGGAGUACAGGAAUCCUCACACAGUGGACAGAGCGGCGAUGGGGCAGCUGCCGCACAUGUGGGGACAGUCACUCUACAUUCUUGGCUGUCUUCUGGCCGAGGGGUUUUUAGCACCAGGAGAGAUCGAUCCGCUCAACAGGAGAUUUUCGACACAAUUCAAGCCAGAUGUUGUGGUACAAGUUUGUAUCCUUGCCGAGUCUGAGGAGAUCCAGCAGUUGUUAAAUGAUCACGGGAUAACUGUCCAGACGAUGUCGGAGGUUCUGCCGAUCCGGGUCAUGCCUGCUCGCAUCCUGAGCCAUGUCUAUGUCAAACUGGGAAAUUGCAAGAAACUGAGUUUGAGCGGGAGGCCCCACAGACACAUCGGAGUUCUAGGAACCUCCAAAUUCUACGAGAUCAGAAGUCGCUCCUAUAUAUUUACCCCUCAGUUUCUGGAUCAGCACCACUUCUACCUGGCACUGGACAACCAGAUGAUUGUGGAGAUGUUACGAACGGAGCUGGCGUAUCUCUCCUGCUGUUGGAGGAUGACGGGACGACCCACGCUCGCGUUCCCCGUCACCCGGAGCAUGCUGGUUGAAGACGGAGAUGCGAUUGAUCCUUGUAUCCUAGCAACGCUCAGGAAACUACAGGAUGGCUACUUUGCUGGAGCGAGGGUCCAAAUAUCAGACCUGUCCAGCGUCCAGACCACGUCGUUCCACACUCGCCUCAGCUUCCUGGAGGAGGAGAACGACGACAGCUUGCCUGACGACGAAGAAGAGGAUGAAGCUUAUGAAUAUGGAGAAUAUAACCAGUGUGGACCCUCAGAGGACUCAGAGAACGUCUUUGAUCAGUACCUCACGCAGCUGCUCCACAGCACCAGCACCAAGAGCCACCUUCCUCCCAUCCAGAAGGGGCAGCAUGACCACAUCUUUAGUGCUGAACACACAACAAGAGACAUCCUGUCUUUCAUGGCUCAGGUCCAGGGCCUGAACAUCCCCAAGUCGUCCAUGUAUCUGCCCGUGACUCCUGUCAUGAGCAAACACCGCAGGUCUCUCAACCUCCUGGAAGUUCCUCAUUCUCAGCCCACUCCACACGUAAAGCAACACAAGGUAGAGACCAGCACCCGCCACCCCCCCCACCAGCAACUUUGUUUCUGUUGUGACCUAUUUGAUUUUUUUACACUGACAUACCUUCACAAGCCCCACAGUUCUGCUGAUCUGCACCUGCCCCGGGACUCUCAUGGAAACACAGACUUCGCCGAGUUAGUGAGGCAGCUGAAAGAGUGUUCCACUCUGCAGGACCAGGCCGACAUCCUCUACAUUCUCUACUUAAUGAAAGGAGCUAACUGGGUGGUGGAGCUCUCAGGUCCUGGCCAGGGUGGAGUCAGCGUGCGCUCUCUGUUGGAGGAGCUCUACGCACAAGCUGGAGCCUCUAAAGAGUGGGGUCUCAUCAGAUACAUCUCUGGAAUGCUACGCAAGAGAGUGGAGGUCCUCGCUGAGGCCUGCACGGACCUUAUUUCCCAUCACAAGCAGCUGACUGUGGGUUUACCUCCUGAACCCAGGGAGAGAGUCAUCACUGUGCCUCUUCCUCCAGAGGAGCUGAACACUCUCAUCUAUGAAGCCAGCGGUCAGGACAUCAGUAUAGCUGUGCUCACUCAGGAGAUCAUGGUGUAUUUAGCCAUGUACGUGCGCUCGCAGCCUGCUCUGUUCGGGGACAUGCUGCGACUCAGGAUAGGACUCAUCAUGCAAGUGAUGGCCACAGAGCUGGCUCGUAGCCUGCACUGCUCUGGGGAGGAAGCGUCUGAGAGUUUGAUGAGCCUGAGUCCGUUUGACAUGAAGAGCCUCCUGCAUCACAUCCUCAGUGGGAAGGAGUUUGGGGUGGAAAGAAGCAUGCGCCCAGUCCAGUCCACGGCCACCAGUCCUGCCAUCUCCAUCCAUGAGUUAGGCCACGCUGGUGUCACCAAGACAGAGCGUGCAGGAAUACACAAACUAAAGACUGAGAUGAAACAGCGGGAUGACUCUCGGCCUCUCAGUAUCGUCAGCGGUGGUCAUUCCCUAGGUAGCAAUGUCACCUCUCCUCGCUCCACGCGCUGCAGCAGCCCGUCCACCCCCAGUGGGAUGCUGUCCCCAGUGGGCCCCGGUUCAAGUGAUGGACAUCUGCAGUGGGAGACGACACAAGGCCAGUGGCUGAGGAGGCGAAGGCUGGACGGUGCAAUCAACAGAGUACCGAUGGGUUUCUACCAGAAGGUCUGGAAGAUCCUGCAGAAGUGCCACGGCCUGUCCAUCGAUGGAUAUGUGCUGCCUUCUUCCACCACGAGAGAGAUGACAGAAGGUGAGAUCAAGUUUGCAGUGCAGGUGGAGUCCGUCUUGAACCACGUCCCUCAGCCAGAGUACCGGCAGCUGCUCGUGGAGACUGUAAUGGUUCUGGGUUUGGUGGCUGACGUGGAGGUGGACAACAUUGGUGGCAUCAUCUACGUGGACCGCAUCCUGCAUUUGGCCAACGACCUCUUCCUCAACGACCAAAAAUCUCACAGUGCCAGUGAUUAUUUCCUUGAGAAGGAUCCAGCGACUGGAAUCUGCAACUUUUUCUAUGACAGUGCCCCCAGUGGCAGCUACGGAACCAUGACCUAUCUGUCCAAGGCGGUGGUGACGUACGUUCAGGACUUCCUCCCAAGUUCCAGCUGCCUAAUGCAGUAAAGAAAUAAAUACAGGGUGUCUUUCUGUCCAUGAAAAGACUGGAAACACUUGAAGAGUACGACUAAACGAAACUUAACCAAGUAUCUCAUGAUGUGCUCAUACGGUUUGUGGUGGCACUGAUGUUGUUUUAGUGUUUUACUCUGUGAGAAACACUCUUGUGUGUCUCUUCCACGAAUGCAUCCAUGGCAGCUGACUGCAAACCACUAUGUACAAAUGUCUUUUUAUUUCAGGGUCCAGACUCAGACUUAUUUAUGACUUAAACGUGCUCUUUCUCUUAAAGACGCACGCUCACGGGACAUUAACACACAUUUUAUUUAAGCUAAACCAUGCAAAGAGUUACUUCAUCUACUGUACUUUCCAGUGUGUGCUCAGUGUUACUCGUGAGGGUGUUGCUAUAAAACACUCGUCUUGAAUUUAAUAUCUCGCCCCCAGCAGUUAAUAUUUUUGAUCUUUCUGCAAGAAUUUUAUUUCCAAAAAAUCCUUUUGUUUAGUCUGGUUUUACAAAUGUAAUGUAAUAAUUUAUUCCAUAGUUUUAACAGAUGAUCUUAGCAUGUGGGAACAAUAAAUAUAUAUGACACAAGACAA